AAGAGGAGGUUUGGGGCUGCUCUGUGCAAAACCACUGCACAGAGCAAGUAACUAAAGACAGUUCUAUGCAGGGGCGGACUGACAACUCAUGGGGCCCCUGGGCAAUAGGGGAUCAUGGGGCCCCUGUGUCCUUGCCCAAACUCAAAAAAGCUUAUGAAAAAGGUACCAGGGGCAUCUCAUGGGGCCCCCUAUUGACCCCGGGUCCUCGGGCAGUGCCCGAGUUUCCAAAUGGUCAGUCCGCCCCUGGUUCUAUGUGCACAGCAUGGUUGCAAUGAGAUCAUUUAGGU